AUAAGGAAAUAAAUAAAUAUCGCAUUAGGGAAAUCACCCUGCCACCAGUGGAAGCUCAAUGUGUUUGUUACAUUGCAACGCACUGAUGGUUUGUGCCCGUCGUUGGGAUAGAAGCAUAUAUCCACAGCGCGCCUCUCCAGCGUCAUCAUCACAGGCAGAGACCAGUGCUGACAAAGCAGCGCCUCGCUGCCCUGCCGCUGCAUGGACAGCCAGCACAAUGGCAGAGGAUUUGGGGGGUGCCUCUGUAGCAACAACAGGUCGCAUGGAUAAUCCCGCCACAGCCGAGCCAGCCGUGUUUACCCCUCUCGUAGUCACAACGAUUAGAGCGCCGCUGUCGGCUCGCAGGGCUUGAUGAGGCAGGAGAGAGAGCCGAGCGGGGCUUCUCGUCCUUACAAUACCGAUUGAGAGGGAAACGCAAAGCAGCGUGGAACAGGUGGACUGUGGCUUGGGGUCCUUCAAGAUGGAUAUAGAUCCCUGCUUCCGCUAUUAUUUCCAGCACCCAUGGUCCCGUCUGUUCGUGGCCUACCUCGUCACCUUCUGCAACUUCCUCAUCUUCGCCGAGGACCCUGUCUCCCACAGCCAGACGGAGGCUCACAUGAUUGUGGUGGGAAACUGCUUCUCCUUCAUAGUGAACAAGUACCCUGGCGGAGGAUGGAGUGUCCUCAAAGUCAUCUCGUGGCUGAUGGCCAUUGUCACCGGAAUGUUUGCUGGGAAGUUCAUAUUCCACCGCAGGCUCUUUGGUCGUUAUCUGCGUCUGAAAAUGUUCCGUGAGGAUCACGGCUCCUGGAUGACCAUGUUCUUCAGCACCAUCCUCUUCCUCUUCAUCUUCUCACACAUCUACAACCUGAUCCUCCUGAUGGCAGGAAGCAUGGGGCCUCACAUGGUGACAGAGUACAUGGGUAUCAGGAACGAGAGCUUCAUGAAGAUUGCAGCAGUGGGGACGUGGAUGGGGGACUUUGUGACUGCGUGGAUGGUCACUGACAUGAUGCUCCAGGACCAGCACUACCCAGACUGGGGCAAAGCUGCCAGACGGUUUUGGAAAAAAGGCAACCACAGGAUAAUCCUCUUCUGGACGGUCCUGAUCACUCUGACGUCGGUGGUGUUGCUGGUCAUCAGUACUGACUGGAUCAGCUGGGACAACCUGAACCGCGGCUUUCUGCCUAGCGACGAGGUCUCCAGGGCCUUCCUGGCUUCCUUCAUCCUGGUCUUUGACCUGCUCAUUGUCAUGCAGGACUGGGAGUUCCCUCAGUUCAUGGGCGACCUUGAUAUGAACCUGCCUGGCAUGUCCACCACACAGCUCAAGUUCAAACUUCCUGUCUGCAAGAGCAUCUUCAAAGAGGAGUACCACAUCCAUAUCACAGGUAAGUGGUUCAACUACGGCAUCAUCUUCCUUGUGUUGAUCCUGGACUUGAACAUGUGGAAGAACCAGAUCUUCUACAAGCCCUACGAGUACGGCCAGUACGUUGGUCCAGGGGAGAAGAUCUUCACCGUGGAGGAGCCCCACACGCUGGGCGACUUCAACCGCAGCACGCUCACCUACAAGUGGCGCUCCAGCAACGUAGAUCCGCUGACCAACCGUUCGUAUGUCCAUCGGGACAUGUUCCUGCACAGCCGCUACGUGGGCGCCAGCCUGGACAUCAAGUGCCUGGCCUUCAUCCCCAGCCUGGCUGCCUUUGUUCUCUUUGGCUUCUUCAUCUGGCUGCUGGGACGUUUCCAGGACAGUGAGACCUUCCCGGAGAGCCAGGUGGACAAGACGUACGAGAGGAUUAAGAGGAAGUCUCCGUCGGAGUAUAGUAAGGACAUGGGCGUCACGCCAGAGGAGGUGCACAUCUCUAUGAGCGAGAUGCUCAAACGUUCCGGAACCCCCAUGCUGCUGUCAGUGGACGGGCACUUGGCUCCGCACACCGCCACUUCCACCAACUCCAUCUCGCCUGUUUCCACGGAGACCCAGGAGACGCACCCCAGCAUAGUCAUUGACAGCACUGAGACGGGAGAACCAGCGGUUUCCUUUGAAGUCAGUAAACUGUCACCGCCCUGACCUUACUGCCCUUAGGGGAAAUACUGCUACUGUCUGCUGCUGACAGACACAUAGCCUGAAGGGAGGACAUGAGACCAGAGAAUAGAGACUAAGACCAAACUGAAAGACAAUUUCAGUCCAGAUCUUUUCAGUCUGGGUGGAUAUUGAACACAACACUGAUUGAGUGUUCCUACAGCAGAGGAUGUAGCUACACUGGCCUCUUGGGUUCUUCUGGACUAUUGGUUUUGCGACCAGUCUUUUUGUAAGACCGUGUUUUUAGGAUCUCUAAGGUGACACCAACACAAUGACAAACAGGUUAUUUUAACCUCCCUCACUGCAAAGUCAUAUUGUCAACAUGGUGCUAUCGCUUGAUUUUACGUUUUUCUAAUAGCAAGUUGUAUUUUCUUAUUGUGACAUAUUUUGGUGCCUAUGUGGGAGAACUACUUCUACAGUCGAUCGUGACCUCGGGACUAUAAGGCUCUAUCGGCGCAAAGAAUAGUUCUGAGAUAUCGAGCAUCAAAGUUUUCACAUUCCAGAUCUCAGAACUGUUUUGUUAUGAAUUCUUCAUUCAUAACCUAUUAAGGUCCUCACCUUAAAGGUACCUAAAUUGCAGAGUAUCAAAAUCCUAAGAGAUUUGUAAAUCUUUUUUGGGGGGGGGGU